AUGAGAGGAAGUUUGAUUAUUGUUUUCUUUAUCUUAUUAAAACAAAUCUAUGGACAACAAAUGGAACUUAUCGCUGGUCAUGUAUUAUUUAGACACGGAGAUCGAACACCUAUCACAACAUAUCCAACAGAUCCGAUACAAGAAAAAGAUUGGCCUAAUGGUUUUGGUCAAUUAACAAUUACUGGUAUUGAACAACAUUUUCGCCUUGGAAAAUAUCUUCGUAAUCGUUAUGGAUCAAUCCUUAGUACCAAUUAUUCUGCUAAUGAAAUUUAUGUUCGUUCAACUGAUUAUGAUCGAACAUUAAUGUCAGCUCAAUCAAAUCUCGUUGGCCUUUAUUCAUUGCAUAAUAUUUCGGAUGAUAAAAUUCCAAUUCAACCAAUUCCAAUUCAUACUGUAUCAAAAGAUCAAGAUUUUUUACUCGGUCUCAAUGAUUGUCCACGAUAUGAUCAAGUUGCAAACGAAAUUUCUCAAACUGAUGAAUUUAAAAAUACGAAUACAUAUUUUGAUAAAAUAAUACUUUUGGUCAAUGUUUUUAUCUUCCUAAGUCGCGAUCANUCAUUGCAUAAUAUUUCGGAUGAUAAAAUUCCAAUUCAACCAAUUCCAAUUCAUACUGUAUCAAAAGAUCAAGAUUUUUUACUCGGUCUCAAUGAUUGUCCACGAUAUGAUCAAGUUGCAAACGAAAUUUCUCAAACUGAUGAAUUUAAAAAUACAAAUACAUAUUAUGAUGCUUUUUUUAAAAAACUUCAAAUAUGGACAAAUCUCACUAAUAUUAGUAUGUAUAAUUCUUGGGGUAUUCCUGAUACAAUUUUUGUUGAACAUAUUUAUAAUAGAACACCAGCAUGGGCUGAUGAACAUGUUCGAAAAAAUUUAUCUAAUAUUAAUGAUCUUUCGUUUCAUUUUCUUUAUUUAAAUAAUGAUAGCAAACGAAUACGAGGAGGUCCAUUGAUACAAGAUAUUUGGAUGAAUAUGAAUAGUUCAAGUCGCGGAGAAUCAUAUCGAAAAGUUCAAAUGUAUUCAGCUCAUGAUACAACAGUUAGUGCAGCUCUUGCUUUUCUGGGUAUUAAUUAUCCACAUCAACCAUCAUAUGCAUCAGCGUUAUUUCUUGAUCUUUAUAAACAAAAUUCAACAUAUUAUAUUAAAGUAGAAUAUUUAAAUGUAACAGAUUCAAAUAAAUCUUAUCCGUAUCUGUUAGAUGGUUGUCCAGCAUUGGAAUGUCCGCUAAAUAUAUUUACGGCUAUAUAUAAAACUCGUUUUCCAGCAAGUGCUGAAGUUGAAUGUGCGAAAAAAGUUCCACCUACUCCACCAAGUAAGUUUAUAUAA